UCGAUCGUAUACUCCCGACAUUCGCGAUUGCCCCCGUGAUCGGGCCAGAAACUGUUGCAGUGAAAAUAGUCAGCCUUUAUUCUUCGGAUCGAUCAGUAUUCUUUCCGAGGUCUGAGAGUUUGUGAUUCACUCUUCCUUUUUUUCUGUAGUUUUGAGACUUAGCUCCUAACCAACAACACCAGCAACAACCACACCAACCAUGGCCGAUGAUGAAGCAAAGAAGGCCAAACAGGCCGAAAUCGAGCGCAAGCGUGCUGAGGUGCGCAAGCGUAUGGAAGAGGCCUCCAAGGCGAAGAAGGCCAAGAAAGGUUUCAUGACUCCAGAAAGAAAGAAGAAACUCCGGUUGUUGUUGCGUAAGAAAGCCGCCGAAGAACUGAAGAAGGAACAGGAGCGUAAAGCAGCGGAACGUAGGCGCAUCAUCGAGGAACGAUGUGGCAAACCGAAGAACAUUGAAGACGCCAAUGAAGACAUGUUGAAAGACAUAGUUAAAGAAUAUUACAACCGUAUGUAUACAUGUGAAGGCCAAAAAUGGGAUUUGGAAUUCGAAGUCCGGAAAAGAGAUUGGGAGAUUUCCGACCUCAACGCUCAAGUCAACGACCUUCGCGGUAAAUUCGUCAAGCCAGCGCUGAAGAAGGUCUCCAAAUACGAGAACAAAUUCGCUAAGCUGCAGAAGAAGGCAGCCGAGUUCAACUUCCGUAACCAGCUCAAGGUUGUCAAAAAGAAGGAAUUCACUCUGGAAGAGGAAGACAAGGAGAAGAAACCCGAUUGGUCCAAGAAGGGCGACGCCAAGGAGGAGGAGGAAGCUUAAAUGAUUCAGCCUAAGAAGUACGAAACUGAAGGCCGAUGUCGACAUCGUUCGGCCAACUUGUUCCAAUGGUAUGCAGCACCUCGACAGACAGAAUUAAACGACGCCUGUCAUCACACCACCAUCUAUCAUUAAGCAAUUCAACGAAAUCCCAUCCAGUCAUCCUGAUCGAACGAACCGCAUCAGAACGACGGACUCAUUUUAAUGUCAGCAUGAGAAGCAGAGCACCCUGACCCUGCGAAGACUAAAAAUAUUUCUUUAAAAACUCUUUAUUAAGCUUAUUAGAUUUGUAGUGUAAUAACAAAAUUACUCUGUAAUCCAAUGGUUUCUGUUUUUGUUUCUGUGGAGAUGCACACAAUCGAAGAGAGAAAGCAAGCACUGAUACAAAAAGGAAGAAAGACGAAACGAUUAUCUUUAAACGACCUAUUUCUCUAAAUCUCUCUCUCUCUCUAUCGGCUAAUCAUCGUUGUUUGCCAAAGCUUGAUAUUGUUGAGUAAACAUUUAUUUUUAUCUUUGUA